UAAAACCGUUAGUUACAGUUGUUACAGUUUACACCAAAAAAAGAAAAGAAAGAAAGAGAGGAAAGGCAUCUGAAAAAAUGGCAUCUAAACCGGACACAACUAAAGUGGUUGAAUAUGCAACCUAUUCAGCUAAUGCCAGUCCGUCAAUAAUAUACGACUGCUACGUAGAGGAGUUAAAGAGGAGGAAAAAAAUAGAAAAGGACGAUAAAAAAAAGGUGGAGAAAAAAAAGGAGGAUUGGAAGUAUAAGGAGGAGGAGGAUGAAGAGGAGGAUGAAGAAGAGGAAGAUGAAGAACAAGAGGAUGAAGAAGAAGAGGAUGAAGAAGAGGAGGUUGAAGAUACUCAGGAGUGUGCAGAGCCUUCAGAAGAGAAGGAUUUAACCUGUUCAAAAAAAGAUGACAAAUUUGACAUAUCGCAGAUAGCUAAGGCCAUCUGGAUGAUGGAGCGUGCGGUGGUUAAUAAUAUUUAUGGAGAAAUUAGUGAUGAUUUCCUGUACUUUGAGGAUCCAGCUGAUGAAUUUCGAGGAGAGAAGGGCACUCUUCUCCCGCUGUGGAAAUUUCAGUACGAAAAAGCCAAAGGUCUGUCUGUGACUGCCCUCUGCUGGAGUACUGAAUUCAAUGAUUUUUUCGCCGUUGGUCUUGGGUCAUAUGGAUAUCCUCAUGAGGAUCCUGGUGGCAUGCUUCUCUUUUACACCGUGAACAUGCACACUUUCCCAGAAUUCUUCUUUGACACGGAAUCUGGCGUAAUGUGCGUAGACAUCCACAAACCACAGGGACACCUGGUGGCUGUGGGUUUCCAUGAUGGCUGUGUUGCUGUGUACAGCCUGCUGAGAAAGAAAAAGAAGCCCAUUUAUAACAGCAGAGCCAGCUCCGGGAAACACAGAGGCCCUGUGAUGCAGGUGAAGUGGCAGCAAGAUGAUUUGGACAAUAAUCACAACUUCUUCUCUGUGUCCGCUGAUGGACGAGUGGUGUCUUGGACUCUAAGAGAGCAUGAACUAGUCUUCAAAGACAUCAUCAAACUCCCAGCCAUGGACAAAGUUCCUGAUGACCUUAAGGAUGUCAUUCCCACACCUGGAAUAUCUUUGGACUUUAAUAAAAAAUAUGAGUUCCUUUAUCUUCUCGCCUCUCAAUCUGGAACGAUUUACAAGGGCUCCAUAUAUACUUCUAGCACUUUCCUGGAUGAGUAUGAUGCACACUUCCUCAUGAGUGUCAUGUGUGUGAGGUGGAAUCCCUUCCAUUCCAGAGUUUUCAUCUCCUGCGGCAUGGACUGGAUGGUGAAAAUUUGGAAUGAGAAAAUAAACUCUCCUGUGUUCACCUUUGACCUGAGAGCUGGUGUGACAGAUGUGGCCUGGGCUCCAUACUCCUCCACUGUCUUUGCUGCUGUCACCACUGAUGGAAAGGUUCAUGUGUUCGACCUCAGUGUCAACAAAUAUGAGGCUCUCUGCCAACAAGUAGUGGUGUCCAAGAAGAAAACUCCUGUGAAAAUUGAAUUCAACCCUGUCCAUCCCAUCAUCAUCGUGGGCGAUGACCGCGGCCAUGUCGUCAGCCUCAAGCUCUCGCCCAACCUCCGCAAGAAGCCUAAAGACAAAAAGGGUCAGGAGUUGCCGAAUGGGCCGGAGGAGGAAAUGGCAAAGAUUGAGCAACUGUUGAACUUACGGAGAUAAACUCAUGCAGACAGAGAAGACCAGAAUGACAGCAAAUAGAAAACAAAAAAAAAAGUAAAAAAUAAAUGCAAAAUUAAAUAAAUAAAUAAAUAUGCAAAAAAGUAAAAAAUAAAUGCAUAAAAAUAAACACAAAUAAAUAAAUAUA